AUGCCCGUUCUCACGAACCCAGACAUAGCCAACAAAUAUGAUGGCAAAUGGAUCGCUCAUACAUGCGAGCUGGAGUCUGCGCCCCAAGACGACAGCCUCACUAGUCUUCACUGGCUCCAGAAUUUUUCCAUCCUGAGCGCUGAUCCAGAGAGGACUAAUACACAUGGACCUUCAAUGCAACAGCACUAUCUGAAGCGUUUUGGUUUCCCUAAAGGCGGCUCUGACUCACCCUCCAGCCCCCCAGCAGGAGACACAGCGGCAGCAGGGACGCAUCUGUACCCUGGCAGUCCCGUGACGUCCGGCUCACACUCAUCCAUGACGCAUCGGUUCACCAGUUGUGCACGGAACGGCUUUUCUCCACAAGAAACCCAGGAGGAAGUGGACUACAAGACCAACCACAAAGUCAAGCCUCCGUACUCAUACGCAUCUCUGAUAUGUAUGGCUAUGCAGGCUAGCAAGCAGCCGAAAGUCACCCUGUCCACCAUCUACACCUGGAUCACCGAAAACUUCUGCUACUACCGCCACGCAGAGCCCAGCUGGCAGCUGAUGUUCAGAGCUGCAGAGAACUCCAUUCGCCAUAACUUGUCCCUCAACAAGUGCUUCAAGAAAGUCCCCAGGCAGAAGGACGAACCUGGAAAAGGAGGCUUUUGGCAAAUCGACCCGCAGUAUGCUGAUAUGUUUGUCAACGGCAUCUUCAAGCGUAGAAGAAUGUCAACCAACCACUACAGCAGUAGUACAAACAGGCAAAACAAACUGGGUUACCCUCAGCAUGGUUGUUCAUAUCAGACCAACAAAAGAAAGCAACUCCCGAACAACAACAAGUCAACUGGAGUGGGUGAGUCUCCCCUGUUGACGACACAGACUCUCCGUGGGGACUUUGACCUGACUUCUGUGUUUGAUGACGUCUUAAGCGGAAACUGUAGCACCUUUGAGGAUUUGGACAUCAACACGGCACUCAGUUCCCUGGGGUGUGACUUGGAGGUUUCCGUUCAGAGCAGGCAAAGCUUGGGGAGAUGGGACCAAAUGAUGGGACAGAGCCAACAUUUAAAUCAGCAUCAAUCCUAUGCCAGUUAUGUAGGUCCCCCGGCAAUGGAGUGCAUUAUUGGGAAUAAUGGCAUGGUAGAUCUCAAUGUCCAACAUCACCGCCAGCAGCAGAUAGAGCAAGAUCAUCUGAUUCAAAACCAGCCUCCACAUUUGCAGCAGUAUGAUGAGACCUCAACGCUGUUUCUGGAGCGGCCAGACGGGACAAUGCUUCAGCCAUGGGAAGAAAUCAAGCAGGAGGAGCACCCUAUUCCCCUGACUCUAGACCAGAGCUUCAGUCUGUGCGAAAGAUUUUUCAAUGAGAUGCAGCCUUGGCAAAAUGUAGAAGCUUACCUGUAA